AUGGUGAUGGUGAUUGGUAUAACUGGGAAGACUGGUUCACGAUUAUUUUCUAGAUAUGAUGUAACAAAUUCUGCAGUGAAUAGGGAACGUUUAUCAUUUAAUGCUGCUGUUUUCAUGUCGAUUAUCGGAAUUGGUGUUUCAUUAUUUAGCACAAAUAAAUUAUUCGUGGCUUCUUCGUCAACUCAAUCGAUAUUGACUCGAUCAAAAUAG